AUGGCUCAACAUCAGCAAAGCCAGUCAGGCGCCCCGCCAUAUGAUCCGAACCUGGCAUACGCCCAACCGGGACAACACCCCCCGCCUCAGCAACAUCCACAGCAGCCAUAUGGCGCGCCUCCCCAGGGCUAUUACCCACCUCCGCAGGGCUACCCUCCGCAAGGACAGUACCCGCCUCAGGGUCAAUACCCUCCCCCUGGCCAGUAUCCUCCACAAGGUCAAUAUCCACCUCAGGGGUACCCUCCGCAACAGCCAGGAUAUGGAUAUCCGCCCCAGCCUCCUCCAGCUGGAUACGGUAUGCCUCCCGGUGCUCCCGGUUAUGGCGCACCACCACCCGGUCAAUAUCCCGGUCAGUUUGGUCAACCGGGAUACGGUGCACCGGUAGCUGCGGCCCCGCCGUCGCCAGGAUAUGUCCCAGGCCAAGUGGCUACAGGCCGAGACGCGACCAAGGAUGCGGAAGCUCUCCGUAAGGCCAUGAAAGGAUUUGGCACUGAUGAGACGACAUUGAUUGAUAUUCUUGCCCGUGCGGACCCGCUAUACAUGGCCUCAAUUCGGGAGGCGUAUACCAAGAAGAUCAAGCGGAAUCUUGAGCAAGACGUUGCUAAGGAGUGCUCCGGGAAGCUGGAGAAGGUCCUCGUGGCGCUUGUCCGUGGCCCAUUGAUGCAAGAUGUCUACGCCAUAAACCAAGCUAUCAAGGGUAUUGGCACCAAGGAAACCUUGCUCGAUAGCGUUCUUAUUAACCGAUCCAAUGCGGACCUCAAUGCAAUCAAACAAGCUUACCAAAAGACCUUUGGUAAAUCAAUGGAAGCCGACGUGCGUGGCGAUCUCUCCAUGGCCACAGAACAGUUUUACAACAACAUCAUGUCAGCCACACGUGCCGAAGAAGCCACACCCAUCGAUCCCAAUAUGGUCAACCAAGACGUCAAGAGCCUCCAUGGCGCCAUGGCGGGCAACCUAGGGGUCCCCAAAUCCACCGUCUUCCAGCUCUUCGCCCUGCGGUCCAAUGGACAGCUUCGCGCCAUCGAUCAAGCGUACAAGGCUCAGUACAAUCUCGAGCUCGAGGCUGAUAUUGGCAAGCACUUUGAUGGACAUAUGAAGAAUGCCCUUACGCAGAUACUACGCAGCGCCAAGGAUCCAGCCGAUAACGAUGCGAGGUUAUUGGAGGAAAGUAUGGCUGGGUUUGGAACGAAUGAUGAUUUGUUGAUUUAUGCGGUUGUGCGGGUGCACUGGAAUCGCGAGCAUAUGGAGAGAGUAAAGACGGCGUAUCGGAAUAGAUAUUCGAGGGAGUUGCGAGGGCGCGUGGCGGGGGAGACAAAGGGUGAUUAUGAGAAGGCUUUGUUGGCGAUUUUGCAAUGA